AUGGACAAGACGACAGGAAAGACAACGGAACAGUCCCCUCCUAAAAUCGCCAUCAUCGGGGCUGGACCGGCAGGGUGUAUGCUCGCUCGGCUGCUGCACCUGGCAGGAAUCCCCGUGACCGUCUUUGAGGGCGAGGCGUCGCCGAACUACCGAUCACAGGGCGGCACGCUAGACCUGCACACGCACACGGGCAUUGCGGCACUCAAGCAGGCCGGGCUAUUCGACAAGUUCCUGGAGAAGGCGCGGUACGACGGAGACUUCUUGCAGAUCACGGACAAGAACCUGAAGGAGUCUUCUGACCCCGAGAAAGACCCCUCGACGCGCCGCCGCCUCGCCGAGCAGCGUCCCGAGAUCGACCGCGCUGAUCUCCGACGGAUUCUUACCGAGAGCUUGCCCGAUGGCACGAUCAAGUGGGGCUACCACCUGAAGCAGCUGAACCUGGGAAGCGACAGCCGCAGCAACGCCCUAGUCUUUGAAAAGAACAGCGAGAUUGAGACAGAGCGAGGGUUCAAUCUCGUCAUCGGCGCCGACGGAGCCUGGAGCAAGGUUCGCGGAGCGCUCAGCGAUCAGCGGCCCGAGUAUGCCGGGGUGGGAAUGAUUGAGAUGAGCAUCCCGGAGCCAGCUACGCGGGCCCCCGAGCUUUAUGCGACGGUGAACCGCGGCAACCUGUUCGGACAGGGCGAGGGGAAGCGGCUAGUGGUCCAGCAGAUGGGCGACGGCACCUUGACAGUACACAUCGGCUUCGCGACAGCCGACGAGCACUGGACUGACUCGUGCGGUUACGAUGCCACGGACCUAGCGCAGACGCAGGCCGCCCUGCUUAGACAGCCUGAUGGCCUGUUCGCCGACUGGCAUUCCAUGUUCCACCAGGCAGUCCUCCGCGCCGAGACCAAGUGCAUCCCACGCACGCUGCACAAGCUCCCCGUAGGAUUCCGCUGGGGACACCGCCGCGGCGUCACGCUUGUUGGCGAUGCCGCCCAUUUGAUGACGCCCUUCGCCGGCGAGGGAGUCAACGUCGCACUCGAGGACGCCCUACGGCUGGCGCGGGGCAUCAUCGGUGCUGUUGAGGGAGGUGCCGAUGAUGGGCUCGACCGCGGCGUUGUCGCCUUUGAAGAAGAGAUGUGGGCCCGUGCUGAGAAAGUUGCCCGGCUGACGGACCAGCUGACAAACAUUUGGAUGUUCUCGAAGGGAGAUCCGCGAAGUUUCAUCCCCAAGGCGAUGGCUCUACACCUCAAGUUCCGGAUCCCAGGCUUCUUGCAUCCACUGGCCUCUCCUUUCACUCACUCCUAUUUCUUUCUCAAGAACAGUUUCCAGCGUUGA